UCUCGGAGCAUGCGCAGUAGGAGUAGAUUUGUGAGCCGAUCCUGGUGCAAACCUGUUGAAUAAACGUUUCUAUAUUAUAUUCACAGUAAAAAGACAGAAUGAGAGCCGUGCCGACAUGGAUAGACAAAGUUCACGAUCGCGACAAAAUUGAACAAUGUAUUUACGACCUUGCCUUCAAACCAGAUGGUAGUCAACUCAUUGUUGCUGCUGGUAACCGUGUUUUGGUGUAUGAUACAUCAGAUGGCACUCUUAUUCAACCGCUCAAAGGACACAAAGACACAGUUUACUGUGUUGCCUACGCCAAAGAUGGAAAGAGGUUUGCAUCGGGUUCGGCUGACAAAAGCAUAAUCAUAUGGACAUCUAAGCUGGAGGGCAUUUUGAAAUACACACAUAAUGACUCCAUCCAAUGUGUUGCCUACAACCCUGUCACCCACCAACUUGCCUCCUGUUCAUCUGGGGACUUUGGUUUGUGGUCCCCUGAGCAGAAAUCUGUUUCAAAGCAUAAAGUAAGCAGCAAGAUAACAUGUUGUGGAUGGACAAAUGACGGCCAGUACCUGGCCCUGGGCAUGAUGAACGGAGUGGUGAGCAUCAGGAACAAGAACGGGGAAGAGAAGGUCAAGAUUGAGCAACCAGGGGGCUCCUCCUCACCAAUCUGGUCCAUUGCUUGGAACCCUUCCAAGGAUGAGCACAAUGACAUUCUGGCUGUGGCGGACUGGGGCCAGAAGCUGUCCUUCUACCAGCUAAGUGGAAAGCAGAUCGGUAAAGACCGACCGCUGACCUACGACCCCUGCUGCGUCAGUUACUUCUCCAAGGGCGAGUACAUCGUCAUGUGCGGCUCGGACAAGCAGGCCUCCCUCUACACCAAGGACGGGGUUCGGCUAGGCACUGUCGGGGAGCAGAACUCCUGGGUGUGGACGUGCCGGGUCAAGCCUGACUCCAACUAUGUGGUGUUGGGCUGCCAGGACGGGACCAUUGCCUUCUACCAGCUGAUUUUCAGCACGGUUCACGGCCUCUACAAGGACCGCUACGCGUACAGGGACAGCAUGACAGACGUCAUCGUGCAGCACCUCAUCACCGAGCAGAAAGUCAGGAUCAAGUGCCGGGAGCUGGUGAAGAAGAUCGCCAUCUACAGGAACCGGCUGGCCAUCCAGCUGCCCGAGAAGAUCCUCAUCUACGAGCUCUACUCGGACGACACGUCGGACAUGCACUACCGCAUCAAGGAGAAGAUCUGCAGGAAGUUUGAGUGCAACCUGCUGGUGGUCUGCUCCCAGCACAUCAUCCUGUGCCAGGAGAAGAGGCUGCAGUGCCUGUCCUUCACCAGCGUAAAGGAGAAGGAGUGGCUGAUGGAGUCACUGAUUCGGUACAUCAAAGUGAUAGGGGGGCCGCCUGGCAGAGAGGGCCUGCUGGUGGGGCUGAAGAACGGGGCUAUCCUGAAGAUCUUUGUGGACAACCCGUUUGCCAUUACCCUACUGAAGCUGUCCACGUCGGUGCGAUGCCUGGACAUGAGCACGUCGCGCAACAAGCUGGCUGUGGUGGACGAGCACAACACUUGCCUGGUCUACGACAUCAACACCAAAGAACUGCUCUUCCAGGAGCCCAAUGCCAACAGCGUGGCCUGGAACACGCAGUGCGAGGACAUGCUGUGCUUCUCCGGCAGCGGCUACCUCAACAUUAAGGCCAGUAACUUCCCCGUGCACCAGCAGAAGCUCCAGGGCUUUGUGGUGGGCUACAACGGCUCCAAGAUCUUCUGUCUGCACGUCUACUCCAUGUCCGCCGUGGAGGUGCCCCAGUCCGCUCCCAUGUACCAGUACCUGGAGAGGAAGAUGUUUAAGGAGGCUUACCAAAUCGCCUGCCUGGGUGUGACUGACAACGACUGGAGGGAUCUGGCUACAGAGGCCCUGGAAGGGCUUGACUUUGACACUGCCAAGAAGGCUUUCAUCAGAAUAAGGGAUCUACGUUAUCUGGAACUCAUCAACAGCAUUGAGGAAAGGAAGAAGCGAGGCGAGAGCGACAACGAGCUCUUCCUGGCCGACGUGCACGCCUACCAGGGCAAGUUCCACGACGCCGCCAAGCUGUACAAGCGCACCGGCCACCAGCCCCGGGCCCUGAGCAUGUACACCGACCUGCGCAUGUUCGAGUACGCCAAGGAGUUUGUAGGAUCGACCGACCCGAAGAACACUCGGAUGCUGAUGGCCAAGCAGGCGGACUGGGCCAAGAGCAGCAAGGAGCCGCGCGCAGCGGCCGAGAUGUACCUGUCAGCCGGGGAGCAUCUCAAAGCCAUCGACAUCAUAGGAGAGCACGGCUGGGCCGACAUGCUGAUCGACAUCGCCCGUAAGCUGGACAAGGCUGAGCGGGAGCCGCUGGCCAAGUGCGCGGCGUACUUCAAGCAGUUGCAGCACCACGGCUACGCCUCGGAGACCUACGCCAAGAUGGGCGACCAGCAGGCUCUGGUGCAGCUGCACGUGGACGCGCGCCACUGGGACGAGGCCUUCUCCCUGGCAGAGAAACACACGCAGCUGAAGGACCUGGUCUACGUGCCCUACGCUCAGUGGCUGGCGGAGAACGACCGCUUUGAAGAGGCGCAGAAGGCGUUCCACAAGGCAGGGCGACAGAAUGAGGCUGUGAAAGUGCUGGAGCAGCUUACCCACAAUGCAGUGGGCGAGAGCAGGUUCAACGACGCAGGCUACUACUACUGGAUGCUGUCCAUGCAGUGUCUGGACAUCGCCCGCGACAGUGAAGAACAAGAGGUGGAGAUGCGGAGGAAGUUUGAGGUGUUCCAGCGGCUGGCGGAGCUGUACCACGUGUACCACUCCAUCCAGCGCUACACGGACGAGCCGUUCAGCUCCCACAUGCCAGAGACACUCUUCAACAUCUGCAGGUUUCUCCUCAACAACCUCACCAAGGACGUGCCACUGGGCAUCUCCAAAGUUAACACCCUGUACGCCUUGGCAAAGCAGAGUCGGAAGCUUGGCGCCUUCAAGCUGGCCAGGUACUCGUAUGAGAAGCUGCAGGAGCUGCACAUCCCCUCGCGUUUCCAGGAGGCCAUCGAGCUGGGCAGCCUUACCGUGAGGUCCAAGCCCUUCCACGACAGCGAGGACCUGAUUGAGGACAUGAUGUGCUACCGCUGUUCCACCACCAACCCUCUGCUCAACAGCCAAGGCAGCAUCUGCAUCAACUGCAAACAGCCCUUCAUCUACUCCUCUUCCUCAUACGAGGUUCUCCCGCUGGUGCAGUUCUACCUGGAGGACGGCGUGGGUGAUGAGGAAGCGGUUUGUCUUAUUGACUUGGAGGUCCCGCACACCGAGAAGGGGAGCGGGGCGAGCUGGCAGGAUCGGAGCGCUGGAGAGUCCCAGACGAUGACGCUGGAGAACGGCACGGAGGAGGACCCAGAGGACGACCCGUUCACGGCCAAGAUGAGCUUUGAGCAGGGGGGCUCCCACUUCGUCCCGGUGCGGGUGAGCCGGGCGGUGCUGCGCUCCAUGAGCCGCCGGGACGUCCUGAUCAAGCGCUGGCCGCUGCCGCUCCAGUGGGAGUACUUCCGCUCCCUGCUGCCCGACGUCAGCAUCACCAUGUGCCCCACCUGCUUCAAGAUGUUCCACAGCGAGGAUUAUGAGCUCCUGGUGCUGCAGCACAACUGCUGUCCGUACUGCCGGAGACCCAUCGACGAACCAAACUGAUCGGAGGCGGAGGGGACGUCCGUAGGUCCUGCCUUCUGUUACCUCUCGCCGCUGAGCUUCCACCGGGACGUCUCCCUGCUUUCUUGUGUUGUGUGACGGUGCUGCCGUUUAGUUUAUAAACGUAGCUAUCUUAUUUAUUGUUUGUAGGAGGAUCAUCUAAUGUCAUUAGGUUGGAAUGAAAGUGGCUAUGUGUUGGUAAUUACACAGUGUGAGCCCAUGCGCUUUGUCAGCCAACCUCGAUCGGCUUAGGAGAAUCAGAUUACUGGGCCCUGUCCACGGAUGCACCACCUGAAGGGGAGUGUGCUUUGGCUCGGACCACGAAGGGAACUGAACCGAGGAAAAUUAGACUAUAUUUAUCAAACUAAAUAUAUUUAUGGUGGUUUCUGCCGCAGAGACUGAAAUGCAACUUUGAAUGCAUGCAUUUCAAGUAUCUUUUCUUAUACUGAUGUUAUACCAAAUGUUUUUUUAUAUUUAGACAUGAAUGUAUAAAAGUUACCGUAUUUUUUAACAAAAAUAAGACAUUUGAAUAAAGGUUUUGUAUUUUCUAAAGUA